CCCCCCCGUGCUUCGCACCGCCACACCGGCCCCGGAUCCGUCCGUCGAGACCUCGCGGCGGUGGCUCGGGGGCUGUCCACGCGUCGGAUGGCCAGGAGGGUGGCUGCAGCGAGACUGCGCCUUUGAAGCCGCGGCCAGCGAGCCACCUUCGCGCAGGAGGGGCCUGGUGUGUUUCACGUGAAGACCCACUGCAAUGCUGAAGAAGGAGGUGAAUCGUCAGGUGGAGAACGUCCUGUGGGAGUGCUGCCUGAAGCUGCCGGAGGAGUUGUGCAAGAAGAUCUUCAACUUCAUGAAGCGAACCUGGGUCUCGGCGCUGAGCGAUCUGCGGAAAGAAACCGACGUGGCGGAUGAUCCUCCAGAUGACCGAACAGCCGCGGAGCGACGCGAACGCUUCGCCAAGGCGUUUAUCUCCGAUACGCUGUGGCGACUCUACCAAUCCGCGGAGAGCGGCACCUUAGACCUCAGCCGGGAGGAAGCUGAAGAUCUCUUCAGCGAUGUGCUGAUCCGCCCACGGAUCUUUCCACCCGAGGUGGGUGCGAACCUGCCAAUGGUUCCAAGGCCUUGGAAUGUCAUCACGGACACCGUGGAGGAUACCUUCCUUGAAGUGACCGACGCCAAGGACAAGGAUGACAAGCCUAAGAAGAAGAAGCCUUCCAAGCCACCCAAGAAGCCCCCAGGCAACUGGCACACUGGAGGCCCUGCCCGAGAUCGGCGCGAGGUGCCGCGAGGAGGAUACCACUAUAGCGGUGGCUCGUCCAAGUGGACCCCUCCCGCAAAGCAGAACGAUGUGCCCUUUUGGUACCGGAAGCUCAUGGGCAUGGAGAACCAGGAGGCCGCCUCCACUCCAUCCGCACCGCGGCCCUCCCGGGCGCCUCCGCUGCUGCGCGCGGAGCGCGCGGAGCGUGCGGAGCGUGCGGAGCGCGGGCGGAUGAAGGUGCCCUCUCCACAGCCAGGACGCUACUCCACGCGCUGGAGCUGGUCCGGACCGGCACGAAGGAGCACGCCCAUCGGCCUGGCACCACCGGUGCCCGGCGCCCAGCCGGCCUUGAGGUCCAGCGAAUCCAUCCUCCGCAGCCCGCGGAGAGAUCCAUUGCGACGCAGUCUUCCACCGAGUCGUGCACCCACCAUCGGCGACGCGGGCCACGGCCCGCCCCGGCCCGGAACGGAGGGGCGCAGCGAGCCUUCGCGGCGAGGGCGCGAGCCCUCACCGUGGCCGGUCACUGCUCGGCCGCUGGAGCGGCGCGGGCGGUCGCGCGGCAGCCGAAGAGGACGGCGGAGCCCUCGGCGAGGCGCUUGGGCACGGGGUGAUUACGCGACCAAAGGCGCCGCGGACGUGGGCCCGGGCUUGCGGCGGGAGCGCGAGGAGUACCAGCGGAAGGAUCCACCCGAUCGGAAGCGGCGGAAGGAGCGCAAGGAGCGCAAGGACGAACGAAAGCAGCGGAAGGAGCGCAAGGAGCGGAAGGAGCGCAAGGAGCGGAAGGAGAGGAAGAAGAGGAAGGAACGAAAGGAGAAGGAGAAGGAGCAGGAGGAAGGAGGCGGGAGGGGAAGCUGGAAACGGGACAAUGCUGCGGGCAUUUGCUGGCGAUUGUGUGGAAUAUCGUUUAUUUAA